UCAACCACCAUAACACAGUCUAUAUAUAACCAUAGCAUCAUCACCAACAGCAGCAUCUGAAUCUCCUUUUUCGUUUCGCACCAAUUAUUGACGAAUUUCACUUUCCUCUUAUUUUCUUUCUUCUCUCAAAACCAAUAACCAAACACCGACCAAACCAAAACCAAUUUUCUCUUCUCCUCGUUCGGAUCGAUCUCCAUAGACAACAGCGAAAUUCGCUUCAUGAUCCGAUCGAGCUGAGAAGAGAAAAAAACCCUAAUUUCGUUUUCGUUGAUUUGAAUUUCAACAAAUUUAGCUGCAUGAGCUGGUUUGGAAAACUGCGUUUAUUCUCCAACCAUAAUUCCUUUCACUUCAUUACUUGUUUAUUAAUCUUUAAUCUUCAUUUUAAACCUUCAUUAUCCAAUUCCAAUAGCCUAAGUAGUAUUAAUUUUCAUUCUAAUUCCAACUAUGGAGUCACGAAUUAAGACUAAUCCCAAUUCACGAAAAGGUUUGUGUUAUGUCAAUGUUGAUCAGCAGCCUCGAAGGUCGCCGUCUGUUAUUGUCAUAGGCGGUGGCAUGGCUGGGAUUGCUGCUGCCCGUGCACUUCAUGAUGCUUCAUUCCAGGUCGUUCUUUUAGAAUCACGGGAUAGAAUUGGUGGCAGAAUUCACACUGAUUACUCAUUUGGUUUUCCUGUUGACCUAGGUGCAUCAUGGUUGCAUGGAGUUUGCAAUGAGAAUCCUCUGGCUCCAUUGAUUGGGAGGCUGGGACUACCUCUUUACCGGACUUGUGAGGAUAACUCUGUCCUAUACGAUCAUGAUUUGGAAAGCUAUGCACUCUUCGAUAUGGAGGGGAAUCAAGUUCCACAAGAGCUGGUUACAGAAGUUGGUAAAACAUUUGAAAUGAUUUUGCAAGAGACAGAUAAUGUACGACAGGAAUUCAGUGAAGACAUGUCCAUUCUACGUGCACUUUCAAUUGUUUUUGAAAGAAAGCCAGAACUGAGGUUGGAGGGGCUUUCACACAAGGUGCUUCAGUGGUAUUUAUGCAGAAUGGAGGGCUGGUUUGCUGCAGAUUCUGAUUCUAUAUCACUGAAAUGUUGGGACCAGGAAGAAUUGCUCCCUGGUGGUCAUGGUCUUAUGGUCAGGGGCUACCUACCUGUUAUACAUACCCUAGCCAAGGGUCUUGACAUUCGGUUGGGGCACAGGGCGACAAAGAUAGUUAGGGGAUAUAAUGGAGUGAAGGUGACUACUGAAAAUGGGAAAACAUUUGUUGCUGAUGCUGCUAUCAUUGCUGUACCUCUUGGGGUACUGAAAGCAAAUGUAAUAAAAUUUGAGCCAAAACUUCCAGAUUGGAAAGAAGCUGCCAUUGCCGAUAUCGGGGUUGGAGUUGAGAAUAAAAUAAUUUUACACUUCAAAAAUGUAUUUUGGCCCAAUGUGGAGUUCCUGGGAGUAGUUGCUGAGACAUCUUAUGGAUGCAGCUACUUUCUUAAUCUUCACAAAGCUGCAGGUCAUCCUGUUCUUGUUUACAUGCCUGCUGGGCGGCUGGCCAAAGACAUUGAGAAAAUGUCUGAUGAAGCAGCUGCCGACUUUGCUUUCACACAACUCAAGAAGAUCCUUCCUGAUGCUUCUUCACCGAUUCAGUAUCUCGUGUCUCGGUGGGGUACAGAUAUUAAUUCACUAGGUUCUUAUAGUUUUGACGCAGUUGGGAAACCGCAUGGUCUGUAUGAGAGGUUGCGGGUUCCUGUAGAUAACUUAUUCUUUGCAGGGGAAGCAACGAGUGUAUUAUAUACAGGGUCUGUUCAUGGUGCAUAUUCUACUGGAACCAUGGCUGCUGAGGACUGCAGGAUGCGUGUCCUAGAAAGAUAUGGGGAACUAGAUAUAUUCCAGCCAGAGUUGGAAGAGGGUUCAGUCAUUCCACUUCUGAUAUCUCGUAUUUGAUCUUUUGGAAGCCUUAUGCUGCCCCCUAAUGAGUGGCGUGUCUUUCCUCAAUGUUGUUUUGAACAGUAGACGGUUCAAUCUUUGUACCUUUAAUGUAUUGUGAUUCCUAGAGGUUGAGUAAUGUCAUGAAUAGAGCAUAAAUGCAUCAUUGGGUAUUUGGACAGUACAUUUGGUUAUAUUUUCUGCCAAAUAUGGUUGGCUACUUUGGUGUUUUCCCUGGUUAUCAUUUUAAGCUGCGGAACCUGAAAUUUUGUUUUUUCUGGAGAGCAAUGCAGUAUUGUACUCUUUUUAAUGUAAUCUUUACAUUAUAUCUAUUUAUAUUUUGAGAUCCUUUUCUUUGA